CUGGUGCAUCAGUGACAAGAGGACGCCAAGCAAGAACCAGUGGCACAACGUACACCGUUGCAUCAUAGCUGUUACACAGCGAGGCAUAAUUCACGCUAUACUGUACGAUUCCAGGAUAACUCCAACGAAUCAAACAACAGUAUAUAUAGUUUACAGUUACCUACCGUAUAGUAGUGUACAGCUAUAUAAACUACUGCCACUCCAGAGUCCAGAGUCCAGAGUCCAGAGAGCCCCUGCCUCAUUUCAUUUCGCCCAUAAGGCUGUGUGAAUUGGCAAAGCCAUUUCCAUUUCCAACGGGGAUCGCGGCAGGACAAAGACUGGCACCUUCGCCCUGUCCGUUUCAUUACGUUUGUCAACCAAGACACACCUAACCCAACACAACAGGUGAAGGCCAGGACAAAAUCAAGAACCCCCAAUACCAAUGAUGCAUGUUCACAGCACUGUCCUAGGGGACUCAUUAAAUUAAAAAGGUAAUCCAGUUAUCACCCAGCAGUACAGCCUGCGAGGAGCUUGCCAACGAUCCGUACUUUGCCUUCCUACGGCAAUAACAAUGCUUCUGCUCCGGCCAUCCGUUGAAAGCAAAGCUGACAGACAUUUCCUUCUCGUCAUCAUACCAUGGACUUCACGCAGCAGCAGCAGCACCGAGCAGAGGGCACCAUCAUGAAGCCAGACCCUGAAGAUGAACCACCGCAGCAGCUGGAGGCCAAGCCCAGGAGGCUCUACCAAGCCUGGAAGGGAAACAACAUAUUCCUGUGCGGUGGCCGGCUGAUAUUCGGACCAGAUGCCGCAUCCCUGCUGCUCACGGUGUUCCUCAUCAUUAGCCCGACCAUCAUCUUCUGCUACCAGAUGAAAUCCAAAUUCUACUACUCCAGUAGUACUGCCCAACAGCAUAUGCAUCGAGCAGCGGUGUUGAUAGUCAUCAUCACCACAAUCAUGGACCUGGUCUUCCUCUUCAUGACAUCAGCCAGAGACCCAGGAAUAGUGCCAAGGAACACUAGAGCACCACCUGAAGCUGAUGAAUUACUGCUUGGCUCUAACACACCAUCCAUGGACUGGAGCGGUGGGAGAACCCCCAGGAUGAGGUUCCGCCGGACCAAGGACGUCAUCGUGAAUGGCUUCACAGUGAAGGUGAAGUUUUGCGAGACCUGUCUGCGGUACCGCCCGCCACGAUCCUCGCACUGCUCCAUCUGCAACAAUUGUGUCCACAAGUUUGACCACCACUGCCCAUGGGUUGGUCAGUGCAUUGGACUUAGGAACUACCGCUACUUCUUCCUUUUCAUAGCAACAUCGACUUUCCUGUGCAUAUUCGUCUUUAUUUUUGCAUGGCUUAGUAUCUACAACCAGAUGGAAGACAAUGGUGGCUCUAUGUGGUUGGCCAUGCGCAAGGAAGCAUACUCUUUUGCGCUAAUCAUAUAUACUUCCAUUGUUGUUUGGUUUGUUGGUGGCCUCACAGUAUUUCAUCUCUAUCUGAUUGGUACUAAUCAGACAACAUACGAGAACUUCAGAUACCAUUACGACAAGAAAGACAAUCCCUACCGAAAGAAAAUUGCGGCAAACUUUGCGGAAGUGUUCUUUACCAAGAUACCUCCUCCAAUGAACGAUUUCCGUUCACGGGUAGGUGAGGGUGCACUUGAAGCUGGAUUCUACACGCCAUACAUUGGGCUGGACGUGACAACCCCAAGAGAGAAGAUUGAUCUAGAAAGGGAAAACAAAGUACUUGUUGGGGGUAUGCAGAUCCCAACAGUACUUCAGAACAUAGACUAUGGUUACUUUGAAGAUAGUUCAGAUGAAAAGAACAGGAACGAGAGCGAAAAAACAGUGCAUUUUCCUUCAGCUUGGGCACAUGGAAAUGAAGGUGCUGGAACAUCUACAGCAGCUACCGCAGCAUGCAAGGAUGAAACAAGUGAGGACGAUCUUAAUGAAAUUGAUAGUCCAAAUACAACUUCCACCCAAGCAUCAGCAGAAGCUAACACAGAACCACCAGGUCAGACUUAUAAAAUGGAAGGGACAUCGGAAAGGAAGAAUCAAAGAAGUAACACAGUCUAAAAUGCUUUGUGAGUUACAGCAAGAAAGCAAACAUAUGGCAUGGAACAAGACAUCAUUAACAGACAAUUGCAAGUG